UCUGUUUGGUCGGACACGGACACACGGGGAUGUGGCUGCUGUCGGUUCUGGUGCCGCUCGUCAGGCUGUAUCUGUGCGGAGUGAAAGUUCUUCUCUAUCAGAUGUUCAACAGAUCUUUGACGCUUCCAGUCUUACCCAAGCAAAAUGGAAGGGUUGCCAUUGUGACUGGGGGUACCAGAGGAAUGGGUUUUGAAACAGCGAGACACCUGGCAAGCCUGGGCAUGCAUGUUGUCAUAGCUGGGAACGAGAAAGAAGAGGGCACAGCGGCCGUCAAGAGGAUUCAUGAAGAAGGCGGCAAGGGAAAAGCUGAGUUUAUGUUCCUGGACCUGACCUCGCUGAAAUCUGUGCGACAGUUUGUUCAGACGUUCAAAGCCAGAGGUCUCCCCCUCCAUGUUCUGGUUAACAACGCUGGAACCAUGCUGGUCCCAGAGACACAGACGCAGGACGGCUUUGAGUUCCACUUUGAGCUCAACUACCUCGGCCACUUCCUGCUGACCAACCUGCUGCUGGACGUGCUGAAGAAGUCGGGGAAACAUGGAUGCUGCUCCAGAGUCGUCACAGUGUCUUCUGCUACACACUACGGAGGAGUUAUGGACAUGGACGACUUAAACAGCAAGAGAUGCUACACCUCCCUUGGUGCCUACUCUCAAAGCAAACUGGCUCUGGUCCUCUUCACUUAUUACCUGCAGGAGCAGUUGACCGCCAGCGGCUUCCCAGUGACCGCCAACGCCGUGGACCCCGGCAUGGUGGACACAGCGCUGUACGACAACCUGUGGAGCCUCACGCAGACGCUAAAGAAACCAGUGGCCAAGCUGCUGUUCAGGACUCCAGCCGAAGGAGCAUCCAUGUCUAUCUACGCUGCAGCCGCCUCUGAGAUGGAGGGCGUGGGCGGCUGUUACCUAUACAACGGCAAGAAGAAGCAGUCCUCCGACAUCUCCUACGACUCUGAGCUCCAGGCCGAGCUGUGGAAGAAGAGCUGCCAGCUGGUGGGCCUUCAGGUGGCCUGACUCUCCCUGACAGGUCGACAUCCUCCAGCAUCAUCUGAGAGAUCUGGAACUGACUGAUAAGGCACCACCUCCCAAGCCACUAAGAAGAACGAAGCAACUAAAAGGACUCUUAGUGACUCUCAGUGGCUCACGACGAGAAAUCCCAGAGACAAACUAACGAGUAUGUUCAUCA